AUGCGUACCUCAACAUUCGCCUGGGCUGCCCUUUCGGCCCUCUCGGCCUUGGUCACGGCCGCUGACCUGGAGGCAUGGAAGUCGCGAUCCAUUUACCAGGUCAUGAUUGACCGUUACGCUCACGACGACGGCUCUACCGACCACGAUUGCACGCUUUACCAGUUCUGUGGCGGCACCUGGAAGGGCCUGUUGAACAAGCUCGACUACAUCCAAGAUAUGGGCUUCACUGCUAUCCAGAUCAGCCCCAUCGUCAAGAACAUGGAUGACGACACCGCCGUCGGUGAGGCCUACCAUGGCUACUGGUCCCUUGACAACUACGCCCUCAACGACAAGUACGGCACCAAGGCCGACUUUGAGGCCCUCGUCACCGAGAUGCACAAGCGUGACAUGUACAUCAUGGUCGACGUCGUCGUCAACAACAUGGUCCAGAAGCUCGAGGAACUCCCGCCCAAGCUCGACUACUCCAACUUCAACCCCUUCAACGACGAGAAGUACUUCCACCCCUACUGCAAUGUCACCGAGUGGGACAAUUCCACCAACUACCAGGACUGCUGGCUGUACCCCUACGGCGUUGCCCUCGCCGACUUGGCCACUGAGACCCAGCCCGUCGUCGACGAGUUCAGCAAGUGGAUCAAGGAGCUCGUCUCCAACUACUCGAUCGACGGACUCCGUAUCGACGCCGCCAAGCACGUCAACGACGAAUUCCUGCCCACCUUUGUCAACGCCUCGGGAGUCUUCGCCUUUGGCGAGGUCUUGACCGGCGCCCCCGCCGACUUCUGCCGCUACCAGACCCUGAACCUGCUGCCCGGCAUGCCCAACUACAUCGAGUACUACCCCCUGAACACCGUCUUCUUCAACGGCGACAUGAACGAGCUCGCCGACUGGCGUAGCCAGGCCCGCGACGGCUGCACCGACAUCUUCGCCCUCGGAUCCUUCAUCGAGAACCACGACAUGCCGCGUUUCGCCGUCUACGACGACGAUAUUGCUCUCGCCAAGAACGCUAUGGCCUACAUUCUUUUGACGGAUGGCAUCCCCACCGUCUACCAGGGCCAAGAGCAGCACUUCAAGGGAAACUCGACGCCCUUCAACCGUGAGCCCCUCUGGGAGUCCAAGUACGACACGUCGGCGCCCAUCUACACGAUGACAUCGACGCUCCUCAAGACGCGCAACCAGCUGCAGAGCCUGAACAACAACUUCGCCACGACAGCCUCUGAGCAGCUCUUUGUCGAGAACACGCACUUGUGCCUGCGCAAAGGCCCCGAGGGCGCCCAGGUCGUCUUCUGCAUCACCAACAAGAGCUCCAAGGGCGACACGUACGAGCUCAGCGUCGGCGGUUUCAACCCCGGCGACGAGGUAGUCGAGGUCCUCUCGUGCGCGACCAGCACCGCCGACGGCACCGGCAACGUCACCCUCUUCAUGUCCAAGGGCGAGCCCAAGGCCGUUGUUCCUCUGGCCGCGCUCGACGGCACCGAGAUCUGCGUCAACGGCACCAAGAAGGCCGGUGAGGACAGCGGCGCCGGCGCGCUCGGCAGCAGCGUGACGCUGGUCCUGGCCUCCGUCAUGGCCGUCUCUUUCGCUCUCCUCGCAUAA